AAAAAGGUGGCUUGGCUCCGGGUUAAACGAAAACGAAAACGUCACCCAAUGGCCAAGAAAAUUCAUUCUUCAAUGCCAUUUGCAAUUCGUUAACAACGAGGGAGAAGAACCCAAUCUUCGAAAUCACCUGUAGCGUGGAAGCGAGCAAUUUUGUUGGCGAUUUCCCCGAGAAUUUCUUCGAUUCGAGCUUCAAUUUCCUCUUUUCGCGUUUUGGAGGCCAAUUUCAUUGGAGAUUUCCGUCUUUUGUCGGCAAUGGAUUCAGCUACUUUAACCGUGUCAUCAUCCAUCAUUUUGCGUAAUUCAUCGCAGAAAUUACUUCCCGGUAGGAAGAUUCAAGCAGGGUUAUGUUUCAGAAGGAGAAGGUUCUCCAAGAUCUUCGCGGUCUAUCCCAAUGGCUCGGCUCGCAGCUCUGCUCCAGGGCAGGGGGAUUCCUCGGCUGCAGAUGUUCAUAGACGACGAAGUACUUUUGAAUCUCUGUUUUGCUAUGACAAGGCUAUUCCGGAAGAAAGAAUCGAGAAGCCUGUUGGAAUAUCUCUGGCAGAGAAAAUAAUUGGAGACAAUCCCCGUUGCACUGAUUGUCAUGCCAAAGGUGCUGUCCUUUGCACAACUUGCUCCGGUUCAGGCUUGUAUGUCGACGCCAUAUUGGAGAGCCAGGGAAUCAUUGUGAAAGUUCGUUGUCUGGGUUGCGGUGGAACUGGCAAUAUCAUGUGUUCAGAAUGUGGCGGCCGAGGUCACCUGGCAUCUAAAUGAGUUGUACAAGUCUUAUUUUUUAUGGAUUCUUCUUGAACCGCAGCCGUCCGAGCUGUAAUAUUUGGCAUUGAUGAUGCAAUGAUGACGAGAUAUACUAAUCUUGCAGAGUAGUGAUGAUCAAUAGAGUUCAUUUUUCAUUUUAGGCGGUUUAUGGGAUGUCCUUACCAUAGUUUAGUGCAAUUAUGCGUGAUUUAGUUCAAAUUAUUCCCAGUGUUCCCUUCCCUCAACUUUUGUACUCGUAAGUCAAAUCAAGUUUUUUUUUUUUUUUGAGUAAUUUUUCUCAUAACUAUCAUGGAAAGUUAUGGAAUGUAUGAACUAUGAAGACAGAAAUAUAUGGACUAAAAGGAAACUUUUAGUUUUCACAA